AUGGCACAAUCCGUUCCUCCUGGAGACAUCAACACCCAACCCAACUCCAAAAUCGUUUUCAACGCACCAUACGACGACAAACAUACCUACCACAUCAAAAUCACGAACGCCGGCGGUCGUCGAAUUGGAUGGGCUAUCAAGACAACCAAUAUGCGUCGUUUGGGGGUUGACCCACCAUGUGGCGUAUUGGAUCCUAAGGAGAAUGUACUGAUGGCGGUCUCCUGCGAUACGUUCGAUGCAUCGAAAGAA